AUGAAAUAUAUCAUUUAUGUAUUUUAUAUAUGUACUUCAUUAUUUUCUAUAUCACAAGUACAAAAUCAGAGUCAAUCCACUUAUUUAAGACUUUUUAUUUUAAUACCAUUUGAUGAUUGUUUCUCACCACAUGGUGGAUUAUUUGAUUUUACCGCCAGUAUUCAAGAUACAAUGAAUCUAAGCAUACAAACAACAACCAAUUCGGCUUUUAAUAAUAAUGACAAUAUUGAACAAUAUGUAACUCGAUUGUCAAGUUGUAAAUUAACAAAUGACACAUUUAUGAAUAUGUUGACAGUACAUACAAAAGCUCAACAAUUUGCUAAUAUUAUCGAUUCAAACAAAAUUUAUUACAAUGUAAUUAUAGGUCCAUUUAGUGCAAGUUUAUGCGAUCAAAUGAAUCAAAUUGUUAUGAUUCCGUAUCUUGAUUGUAUGAAACCGCGUACAACAUUUGUAUAUCAUACAAGUUUUCAAUGUCCACCAAGACGAAUAGCCUAUCAAUCACAGAUAUUACCAGCUACUUCAUCAUAUUGUUAUAAUACAAGUCGAAAUUAUCAAGAGUUUACAGAUAUUGGUAGUUUUUCUGUUGGGGCUAAUAAAUAUCAAGUAUCAAUGGCUUUGAUUGAAAUAUUGAAAUAUUUGAACAGAUUGAAUAUCAUAAUUAUAUAUGAAGAUGAUAAUAGUGUGAAUGAUCCUUCAGGAAUUUUUGCAACUGCUUUAGCUCAUUUGUUAAUUAAAGGUGGUGAUUCUGGUAUUUCUGUGAAAGGAAUUCAUCAGUGGAAUGUAGGAAAGAAUAUUUCAAGCAUUUUACAAAUAAAGAAUGUAGACAUUUCUGCUUGUAUUGUAAUCGCCCAACUUUCAUUUUAUUCUACACUAUUAAAAAAUAUUUAUCAAUGGAAUCAGACUAUUUUAAAAACAAUCAUGUUUAUAGCUUAUGAUAUGACUUUAUUCUCAUAUGAUAUACUUAAAGUAUGGCGAUAUUAUGCACAGAAUAUUGUUAGUGUAGAUUCAACAAUUAUAAAUUCUGCAUUUGUUUUAACAUCUCAUCCAUAUGGUUCAAAACUACACUUAACCGAUGAUUAUUUAAAUCAGAAAGAUUAUUUAGCUAUGAAAUUAACUUUGGGCAUGACAAUAUGCAAUUUCAAGCAUAAAAUACAACAGCAAGAACAAAAACAACAGCAACUAGCACAACUACAAGGAAAUGAUGGUUUUUUUGCAUCGUUGAAGAAUGCAACAUUGAAAAUUCCAAUAAAAUCUGAUUUAAGUUUAGCUAUAACAUUUCAUGAACAUCCAGAACAAAGUGAAGCUGCGUUAGAUUUUUAUUUAAUUAAUGCAUACACAUGUAAUGUUGAUAUUUCCAAUGUUUCAAUGAAUAUUAGUAAUAAUAAUAAUAAUACUAACAGUAGUAUGAAUAAUACAAUUAAUCAUGUUGCUAAUAAUACAAUAUGCUUAAAAAUAUAUUCAUCAAUGAUUUGGCCAGAUUAUACUGUUAUUAGUAUGGUAUUAGGAAGUAGUAGUUGGCAGUUAACAUCUUUAUUACAACAAACUCCAACCACUACAGAAUGCAUUCCAAAUAAUGGAAUAGUUAUGGCUCUUAUAUUCAUGUCUGUAUUAACAGCUACAAUAGCAUUUUCUUUGAUUGCUUUCAUGUUAGCAAGAUGUUAUCGACGACGAAAAAUGUAUCGUGAAGGACCGAAUAAAUUAAUUCUUUAUCCGGAUGAUGUUGUAUUUAUGAAAACGCAUAAAACAGUGAAACAUACUACACCAAGUAAUAUCGAUCUACGAUUUCCAACAAUGACUAGUGAAACAAAACUCAACGGAUCAACAAACAGUCAUAUAAAUCAAGGUAAAAUGGACAAUCAAGUCAGAUCAUUAGUGUCAGUUAUGAGUGGUGAUGGAAUUGAAGACACGAAUGUUGCACGUUAUAAUAAUGGUUUAAUUUAUAUAAAACGCUUAGAAUUGAAUAAUGCAGCAUUAAAGAGUAAAUUUUUGGAUCAUGUACGUUCGUUAAGAGAGAUACGCAAUGAAAAUGUCAAUUCAUUGAUUGGUUGUUAUGUUGACAUUAGUGCUUUAUGCCUGGUAUUUGAUCAUUGUACAAGAGGAAGUUUAAAAGUGAGCGGAAAUUUUCUCAUUUCAUUUGGUUGGUUAUUUUAA